GAUCCAUCGUAGGUUGAAUUUGUAGUUCGAAAUGUAUAGGUCCGCUAUUGUCGUUGUAGUUUUAGUUCUGGGCGCAUGCACAGCGUCCGAACCAUCCUUAGACAACUUCGAAUUGGGAGAUUUCAUCCAGAUCAGCAAAAACGACUACCAACCACAGCACACAGGCAGAAGUAAUUCGGUGGAAGGAAACGUCGAAAAUUACUUGAAAAGCCACGAUGUCACCGUUAAAUUCCCAGGGGUUGGAACCGCAGUAUCUGUUGAAGGAAGAAACUUGGACAACAACGAAAUCAACCUGAAAUUGAACCUCAACCACGGUGGAGUUGAAGCAAGGAAAUCCAAGUUGAAGAAGAUUCUCGGACCCAUCAUGAUAGUCGUCCUUCUCAAGGCUAUGACCUUGAUCCCUCUCGCCUUAGGUAUCCUUGGAUUCAAGACUUGGAAUGCCCUUCAGCUGUCCUUCGUCUCCUUCGUCAUCGCUAUCGGUAUGGCCGUUUACAAUCUCUGCAGGAAGGUUGUUGGUGAUCAUAUACCACCACCAAUUGUCGCCCAUAAUGCUUGGGAAGCAGCGAGGUCAUUCGUCGAUGAAGAAGCUCAAAGAUUGGCUUACUCUGCUUACGCAUGAAUGAGAUAGUUUUUGUUAUUUAUUU